UCCAACUGCAUUUUAUUGUGAUACGGCUGACCUACCUCGCCCGUCUUAAACAAUUGUAACCUGAAAGUCCUGUCUGGCUGCACGUAGACCAUCGAUUUCCUAGAAAUGGGGUGUUACGUUAGUAAUCACGUGACUUGUACUUUGGAGCUUUCUUUGUACUGUGAGUUUCUAGUCGCCUCCUUGAUGUAACACAUUUCAUUCUGGCUGGGCACAGAGGACCAGAAGGGCUGAUCGACAAACACCGUCUGUCAUUAUUCUGGCUGGACACAGAGGAACAGUGGGGCUGAUUGAAAAUCACCGUCUGUCAUUAUUCUGGCUGGACACAGAGAACCAGAGGGACUGAUCGACAAACACCGUCUGUCAUUAUUCUGGCUGGACACAGAGGAACAGUUGGGCUGAUUGACAAUCACCGUCUGUCAUUAUUCUGGCUGGACACAGAGGACAAGAGGGGCCGAUCGACAAACACUGUAUGUCAUUAUUCUGGUUGGACACAGAGGACCGGAGGGGCUGAUCGACAAACACCGUCUGUCAUUAUUCUGGCUGGACACAGAGGACCAGAUGGGCUGAUCGACAAACACUGUCUGUCAUUAUUCUGGCUGGACACAGAGGACCGGAGUGGCUGAUGGACAAACACUGUCUGUCAUUAGUCUGGCUGGACACAGAGGACCAGAGGGGUUGAUCGACAAACACCGUCUGUCAUUAUUCUGGCUGGACACAGAGGAACAGUGGGGCUGAUUGAUAAUCACUGUCUGUCAUUAUUCUGGCUGGACACGGAGGACAAGAGGGGCUGAUCGACAAACACUGUCUGUCAUUAUUCUGGUUGGACACAGAGGACCGGAGGGGCUGAUCGACAAACACCGUCUGUCAAUAUUUUGGCUGGACACAGAGGACCAGAGGGGCUGAUCGACAAACACCGUCUGUCAUUAUUCUGGCUGGACACAGAGGACCGGAGUGGCUGAUGGACAAACACUGUCUGUCAUUAUUCUGGCUGGACACAGAGGACCAGAGGGGCUGAUCGACAAACACCAUCUGUCAUUAUUCUGGCUGGACACAGAGGAACAGUGGGGCUGAUUGACAAUCACCGUCUGUCAUUAUUCUGGCUGGACACAGAGGACCAGAGGGGCUGAUCGACAAACACCGUCUGUCAUUAUUCUGGCUGGACACAGAGGAACAGUGGGGCUGAUUGAUAAUCACCGUCUGUCAUUAUUCUGGCCGGACACGGAGGACAAGAGGGGCUGAUCGACAAACACCGUCUGUCAUUAUUCUGGCUGGACACAGAGGACUGGAGGGGCUGAUCGACAAACACUGUCUGUCAUUAUUCUGGCUGGACACAGAGGACCAGAGGCGCUGAUCUACAAACACUGUCUGUCAUUAGUCUGACUGGACACAGAGGACAGGAGUGGCUGAUCGACAAAAACCGUCUGUCAUUAGUCUGGCUGGACACAGAGGACCGGAAAGGGCUGAUGGACAAACAUGGUCUGUCAUUAUUCUGGUUGGACACAGAGGACCAGUGGGGCUGAUCGACAAACACCGUCUGUCAUUAUUCUGGCUGGACACAGAGGACCAGAGGGGCUGAUUGACAAACACCGUCUGUCAUUAUUCAGGAGAAAGUAGUCUACCUGAUUACGAGUUUGACUGGGAGGACCUGCAAGCACACGACAGACAUAGAUCAGUAGCAGUGAGAACACCAUAUGUAUACCACCUGACAUAACAGAAUGGACCUUUCCCACGUUGCUGUCCUUCAGAAGAACCACACAUUUCUGAAGGAGAACCUUCAGGUCGACCCUGUGCUGGAUGCCUUGUAUGAGAAAUGUAUCUUCACACAGGCAGACUAUGAUAGGUGUAGACAAGCUGGGACAGAGAAAUGUGAGCUGGUGUUGGAGACGCUUAAAAAGAAGGGAGUAGAAGGUUACAAGACGCUCUGUGCUGUCCUCGACACUGCACAGUCUUUCAUCAAGGAAAGACUUGAUAAGACCUCGAAUGAAGAAGGUAACCCAGAUCUCGUCUAUGUUAACAAGGACAAACUGGAAGCUCAGUACAAAAAGGAGCUUGCUAAAAAGGAUGGAGAGAUAGCUGACAUGAAAUCUGCAAUAGAAGGACUUGAGCAACAAAUUGAACAAAACAACAUUGAUCACGCUGAACUGGAGGAAAGAAUGAAGAAAGAAAGUGAUGAACACAUGUCAGAGAUAGAAGGGAAGAAUGAGGAAAUUGAAACUCUGAAGACAGCAUUGUCAAAGUCAAAUGAUGAGUUGCAGCAGUCUCAAGCAAAAUGUGAGAACGUGGAGAAGACACUGCGGGAAGAACAGUAUGCAUACGAUGCUCUAGUGGGUGUUCCAAGGCCACAGUCUCCAGACAGGGUGGACAAUACAGAGACAAUCCAACAUGCAGGUUCCACUGAGACAGUGUGCCAGUUUUCGACUGAGUCCUGUUGUGAUGAGAGUCAGCUUCGUCUUCUUCCAUGCCUUCAUUCUGCCUGCAAGCCAUGCCUUGAUCACCAAGCUGCACAGACAGGGAUGGAAGAGGAAUGCAUCCACUGUCCUACCUGUGGCCGUAAGGUCACCAUGGAACAGACAACAGUAGAUCAUGUCAGACGAAAUGAAGCUGCCUACUCUGAAAAUGUUGACAAAGGGAAGAAAUGCAACUACACCGAAGAAGAUCAUUCUACACCGGCUGUGAUGUUCUGUCACGAAUGUAAUGUACGCCUCUGUUCCGACUGUCAUAAAAUGCAUGACAAAUUGAAACCAAAUCGAAAUCAUAGAGCGAGUGACAUCAACCAGGCAGAGAAUAUCUCCAUGAAGCAGUGGCUAAGGGAACGUACUUGCAGAGAUCACCCUAACCGAACGUUGGAGCUGUAUGACCACACGUGUAAGAAAGCUGUCUGUCUUAUAUGUGUGCAUGGGGCCCACAAGGAUCACCAGAAUGAAGACUUGAAUCAGGCCUAUGACGUGGCAAAGGGUCAGCUGGAGCAGCAAGUACAGAAGCAGCAGCAUAAACUGAAAGAUGUCACUGACAGGAUGGGAAGUGUCACCAGUCACCAAAAUGAACUGGCAGAGACGCAAAGGAAGCUGAAAGAGGACAUCACGGCAGUUUGCAAAGGUGUUGUUGCAAGGUUCCUUCAUCGACAGAGACAACUCAUGGAGGAAAUUCAAGUGAGUCUACAAUCCCCAAACGAAAUGGUUCAAGAGAAACUUCACAUUUUACAUGACGUCCAUACUUCAAUAGUAUCGGCGAUAGACUACACCCAGAGAACACUUGAAUCUACAAGACGAGAGGAACUCAUUACUCUCACAGAUGUACUGCAGACGAAAUGUGAUGAAAAUCUGAAGAUGAAGCUUCCAGAAGAUGACACACGAGCCACGAGAAUCCUUCUUACCUUUCAAGGCCAGAGAGCUCUGGAGGAACUUAUCGACACAUUUGGUGGACUUGCCUCCAGUCUCAGUGUGGAUGACGUACCAGAUAAACAACCUACUUUACAGGUAACUAUACCUAUUGUAACACACAAAACACUUUUCCUAAUCUUAAGAAGUCUCUUCUAAAAGUUCUGCUAAGGGUUCAUUG